GGUUCUGGAAUUGUUGGAAGUCUUCCUUGGAAAGGAAGGAGGAAGCACAGCAUUGGUGUCUGACUCUGGCAGCUCGUUCUCACUACAGCCUGGUGUUACUGCAAAAAUGUUUCCUGACCUGGUUAUAUCAUGCAAGCUGGAAAAGGUACAGAAAGUUGCAGUAUGCAGAGGCGGAUGCUCACUAUGGGAGAAGAAUCUUGCCUGCCACAUUCCAAGCCUGGAAGCGAUUCAGGGCUCAUCAGUGCUGGUGGAGAGAGAUGAAAAGUACAGCCAUGUGCUUUCACAGGGAAACAUGGACAAGACGUUUAUUUGACAGGUGGCAGCUGAGAACACAUCGGCAGCAAGAGAACCACAUGGCAGAAAAAAUGGCUGUUCUACACUCUGACCAACAGCUGCUGGCCCGCUUCUGGUAUUUAUGGUGCAGGAGAACUGUGGCGCAUAUAGAAGAGCAAGAGGAAGAGACCCUGGCCCAAGAACAUUACUGUCACCAAAUCUUGCAGGCGACUUUUCAUCUCUGGAAGGAGAACAUUCAGGAGAUGAAAGAAGGGAGAAAGAAGGAGGAAAAAGCUUUGAGGUUCCACUCCAUAAAGCUGCUGCAGGGGUCCUGGUGUAAGUGGCAACAGUAUUUGAGACACCAGUCUGAGAAGUGGAAGAAGCUUGUGAAAGCAGAUGUGCAUUACCAGCGGGUAUUACUGCACAGGAUCCUUUCAGCUUGGAAGACUUACCAGACUAAAGUACAACACGUUCUGUACGAUGUAGACGAAAAGGAGAAGAGGCAUAAUCAGGAGCUGCUACGGCAGGUGCUGCGUGCCUGGAGGGCGAAAGUUGCAUAUCUCAAGGAUAAAGCCAAGAAGGCUGUACUGGCAGAACAGCAUUUCAGAAGAACAGUUCUCUCCAAGGUGGUGCUUCACUGGAGGGACACGACCUCACUUCGUGCAUACUGCCGUCAGCAAAAAGCAGCGGCUGUGAUGGAUGCCAGGAAACAUUUGCAUACUGUGAAGCUACAGGCUGCAUUUAUCCUUUGGAAGGAGUACUGCAUCAGAUCCUCGAGGCAGAGGGGGCUGCUCCUCAUGGCAGUGCAACACCACAGGAGGCAGCUGCUUAGCAAGUGUGUGGCCUGGUGGAAGCAGUAUCACCUUUGGUGCAUCAGAAGGAUGCUUCUGAAGAGACAAGGGGAUCAACUGAUGGCCCAAAGGCUUUUCUCUACCUGCUUCUCAACGUGGAAGAUACAGUUGGCACACAGGCGGUGGGAACAGCAGGAAACUGUGCGAGCGCUGUGGCACUGGUCCCUCUCGCUGCAGGGGAAGGUAUUUGAUGCUUGGGUAGGAUCUGUCCUGGAAUGGCGACGGAAAAAGUCCCGCAUACAGAAAGCUGCGGAGGUUUACCGGUCUGACUUGUUGCGGGAGGGUGUGACGCGCAUUCUGAGAUAUGCAGCUGGCAUGAAGCAAUUCCGAGGGAAGCUGCAGGCCCAGCACCAGCUGAAGAUGGCUAGCCACCACCACCAUCUGGUCUAUCGUUGUGCCAUGCUCUGGAAGCAGAAGGCUCUCUGCCAGAAGCGAGGCCUCUCUCUUCCAGGGGCCCCACUCAAGAAGCGAGUUUCGUUCAAGGUGCCAAUGCCAGAUACAGCCUCUAAGGCUGGUGGAGGUAGAGGGGAAGCAUCAAGUCUGUGCUCUGGGCUAAGGCCUGCUCAGAGUGAAGAUCUACGACUCUGCUUGGCUGCUGGAGACUCCAUCCUUACUGAGUUGUACUCAGCCCGGCAGAGAAGGCUGCAGCCACGCAGGCCUGAUUUCCUGCUGCAGUCUCUGGAGAGAAUGGAAAUGCCAGGCUCCAACUGGAACGGACUGGAAGCUCUAAGUGGGCCUUUGCAGAAAAAUGCUCUGAGCAAACCGUGUCCUCCAGCUGGUGCCUCUUUGCCAUCAUCCCUAAAAGAGCAAAGCAGUCAGCUUGCUUCAUCCCACUUAGGCACCUCCAACUGUUCAUCACCUCCCCUUCUCAAAUAUGCUUUGCCACAUAGCACAGCCUGUCAAAAGCUGGAGUUGUUGCCCCCUUCCUCUUUUGUGCCACGGCUGAGAAAUGGAGAGAAAACGGGUGAGGAGAAGUCUUUGAGCUUUCACCCUAAGUGCUAUGCUACAAGCCCUCCAGUAGCAGGCCCCUGGAAAGAGAGAGUGGCAACAGGCCAAAGAGAAGACCUGCUCUUGCCAGCAGACUUUGUCAGAAGCAAGAGCCCUUCCUCCCUUUAUGGAAGGACAGGCCAACAGGAAAAUCAGAUGGACAGUUCCACACGAGAGGCAGAAGUUCAUAAGCAGCUGGAGGCUGAGCUCCGACAGAUUGGGCAGAAAAUGCAAUGCUAUUACAGAAAUCAGCAGUUGCAGGAACUGAACUCCACUGAGAGCUGCUGUGAUAGGUCAUCCUCUCCCAGUAAGCUCUGUGGCUGUUGCCUAGGGCUGCAAGGAGUUGUUGAUUCCGUCCUUAUUGUGCUUAGAUGUACUCAGCUGCUAAUCAAAGGAGGAGAGUCUACUGCUAUUUAUUUCUCCUUGUUUGCUGCAGUUUGGUCAGACAACCUGAAAGAAUAA